AUGCCGUGCAAUGGGAACGCUUCCGAUUGCGUGGUGCACGUGUUCCGGAUCAAAUUGACGGAAAACAUCAACGGGAGCACGAGGGAAUACCCGGUGGAUCUGCCGAUGAAGCGGAGGAGCAAAUACGGCAAAAAUGUGUACGCGCCGGUGGGAAAUCUGGAGUCUCAUCAGCUGGCCGAGAAGAUUAUCGAGAAAAUGCCGAACACCAUCAAUAAAGAUGUGAAGGAACGUGUCCGAAAAGAGGAAUUCCUGAUCUCGCCAGUUGACGAUCGAGAAGACCCUCAUGCUCCUCCACCAGAAGAGAUUGGAGCCGGAGGAGAGAUUGAGGAGACGCAGAGGAGACACACAGAACGAACCACAACUAAUGACAACGCCCACGGAAUCGCCCAUACUAUUGAUGAAGCGUUCCCUCUAAUUCUGCUUCUGCUGUUGGUGGCGAUUGGUGUAGUAGUGGGGAUACUGUGCACAUGUCUCGGUCUAUUCCUCAUCGACUACAGAAGGAAACCACAUUUUGACCGAUCCGUGGCCAUCUCGUAUAAGCGUCAUCCAUCGGGCCGUCAAGCACUUCUCGAGCCCCAGGGCCGAACUACCGUAAUCCACAAAACGUCCGUGACGCGUAGCAGUCGCCCUCCGCCAUCCCAUCGACCACCCAGGGCAUCACGGCCUACGCAACGAUACGUGAGGACAGAUGUGUCGAGCGACUGGAAUGGGCAUUCGUCUCGAGAAUCGUCUCGGCAUUUCACGCAGGGCCCUCGCCAAUCCCCCCGCCCGCCACGACAUCGCAAACGAUCUUUU